AUGUUUGAAAUAUUGCCGAAGCGGCACGGCUUUGAUCCGUCUCGUCGACCCUCCAACUGUCGUGUAUUUGUUCGCGCUGACGACACCUGCGACCGCUACGCAACCGCUACGCCGGCGGCUACCGUAUCGCACGCGCUUACAUUGCUGGAUGGAUACAAUGAAGCUGCAAAGAUUACUUGUAAACUGGCCCCAUAUGGUCUUGUUCAUAUGCCAUAA